CUUUUCGAAAAGGAAGACAACAUACCACCCCCUCAAUCGUCUCUCUAGUCUCUACUCUAGCAUACGAGACCGCGCAAGCCCUAGCUCAGAAACCUUCCCUCUCUCUCUCUCUCUCUCUCUCUCUCUCUCUCUCAUGGCACCGAACCGUCUCCCCGAAUCAGAAGCCCAACAACACGAGUCCUCUUCUGAGGAGGAGGAAGAAGAAGAAGAAGAAGAAGACUCAGGAUCAUCAUCAGAAGAGGAAACCCAUUCCCAACCACAACACAACAACAACAUCAACACUUCCACUCCCAAGAAACCUCAACCCACUCCCAACUCUUCCGCUCCCAAGAAACCACAACCCACUCCCAACUCCUCCGACUCCGACUCGGAAUAUGAAUCCGAUUCCGAUUCCCCGCCCACCGCCUCCACUCACCGACCCGACCCGAACAUCAAACCCAUCACCUCCAAGCCCAUGGACGACCCACCCAAGUCCACCAAAAGGCCCAGAUCCGACCCCACUCCCUCCACUCCGGUGGCCAAGUCCAGCGCCGCCGCCGCCGUUAAACGGACGGCGGCGGAGAGCGAGAGCAACGGAGCCCAAGACUCGAAGAGGGCGAAGAAGAAGCAGAAGGAGAAGGACGUGGCUGCUGUUAUUAACAACAGCAACGAAACGACGCCGAGCAAGCAGAUGUUUCAGCGGCUGUGGAGCGAGGACGACGAGAUCGUGAUCCUCAAGGGCCUUAUCGACUUCAGGGCGAAGAAAGGAUACGAUCCGAUGACCGAUUUGAACGUUUUUCACGACUUCAUCAAGAAAUCGCUGCACUUGGGUGACGUCAGCAAGUCCCAGUUCUCCACCAAGGUCAGGAGGAUGAAGAAGAAGUUCGAGAACAACGUGAAGAGGGGGAAAGACGGCCAAGACCGGUCCUUUUCGAACCCUCAUGAGCAACGGGCCUACAACUUGUCCAAGAAGAUAUGGGGCGAGGAUAGUGAUGGUUUCGGAGUUGGAAAUGCGAAGAAAGUUAAUGGGAAAGGGAGAAAGAACGAGAAGAGUUUGUCCGUAGUGGAUGAGGAGCUCUCUGGGAGAGUCGAGGAAGGGGCAAGGAGGGAGGUCGAGCCAAAUGCUGGGGCAGAGCGGGCGAUUGGGUUCGAUUUAAGCAUCGAGGAGGUGGUUGUCAAGGAUGGAUUGGAGUUGCUUAGUGGGUCCAAUAAGUUGGAGAUGAUGGAGAAGUGGAGGCAGUUCAGGGUUGAGGAAGUGGAGCUCUACUUGAAGCGGUUGGAAUUGGUUCGCGAGCAGGGGAAACUAGUGCUGGAGGCAAUGAAGAAGUCGACGGGGCAUUAGGGUUUUUUCUAGUCAGGAGAAAAUGAGGGAGGCUGCUGCCAGCUGCUUGUUAGCAGAUGCUUUUUCCAGCUCUUCUUUGGACCAAAUACAAACGCACCCACCAAGUAAGUUAGCAAUGGUGUGGGCAAGGGCCAGAAGUACUGCUGCAGCCAUCC